AAGCACAAGAAGCCAAAAAAGAUGGAUUUGAACAAAUCAAUUAUUUGAGAUUGGAUGUGUAUGCUCGGAAAUCUUCCACUUUGAAACCAGUUUUGUUGUUUAUUCCUGGUGGUGGAUGGAUAGGAAAUGGUGCCGUAUAUCCAUUAAUUCGUCAUUUGGCUGAACGCGGAUGGGUUGUAGUUUCUGCAAAAACUAGACCGAAAUAUCCUACUCGAUUGUUUGAUGCGAAACGAGCUCUGCGAUGGGUAAAAUCAAACAUCAAAUUUUUUGGUGGUGACCCAGAUUUCGUCGCGAUUGGUGGUGAUGGCGUUGUAGGACAAACUGCUGCCACAGUUGCAUUAACACCAAAUGUGUCCGAAUUUCAACCAGGGUUUGAAGAUGUGGACACUUCCGUCAAAGCAUGCAUACUGAUAAAUGCUGCUACUGAUCUUUCUGAAAAGUAUUCCGGCUCAUCAACGAAAGAUGAAUCAUUUGUAAAAAAACACUCACCAAUACACCUCCUUCGAGAGGAUGCUGUCCCAUUUUUAGUGUUUCAUGGUGAUCGUGAUGAUUUUAUACCUAUCGAAUCGUCCAGUCGUUUUGUUGAAGAAUACAAGAAAA